AGCGGUUAUUUGAUGUUGACGUCAUGGUGUUUUGGAUGGAUGGUGUGUUGCCGCAGUGAUAUCUUGGAGGAGGAGUGCAGGCAAUUAGGGGUAGGGUUAUAGCAUGAGAACAGCGUUGUGAUGAGCUCUGUUUACGGUUUUUAGCGAUUCGACUUGAAGUAAAGGCAUGUUUACUUUGCUAUUGUGUACAGAUAUGGUGGUUGGCUGAAGGGAGCAUUAGCACUGUGUAUUAAUAUGGCGCGUUCACCCCGCAACCAGGCUGGGGUAUCUGGAACAGGGGUGCGGGGCUGCUUUGUUGCCCUCAGUGAUGUCGCAGCCUGACAUCUCGACACAGUACAAACACUCCUCUACCCGGUACUUACAACCAAAGCAUCCAAGAAAUUCCGAAUCCUCAAUUCCAGAAGUCCACCGUCUCCCUCUCUUCCUCCCUCCCUCACCAUGGCCACCGAACCCGCGACCAUCGACGAGACGCCCAUCUCGCCCGUCCGCCAGGCGACGGAGCGCAGGAACAGCCUGGAGAAGCACCUCCAGCAUCGACCGGACGUCCAGGACCUGAAGAAUCGGCACAUCCUGCUCGACACCAAUACCGCGCCAGCCCUCCAAGCUAAAGCCCUCGAGCUCGAGCGCCAACGCGCCGUCGACAAUCUGAAGAAGGGCCUUGCGCACCGGCCGGACCGCGAGACGUUGGUUGAGCGCAACAUCCUCCCGGACUCGACCGCCGCGCCGGCCCUGCAGGGCCACCAGAAGGAACUCGAGCGCCACAUGCGCGCCGAUAGCUUGGAGAAGAAUCUGCAGAGCCGGCCGCCGCCUGAGGAGCUGGUGCGCAAGGGGAUUCUGGACGAGGAGGAGAAUCCGUUGAGGGAGGGUUGAUGGGGAUGAUGAAAUGGGGGAUGGAUGUGCAAGUGAUUAUGGGCUGGGUUGGGAGUAGGUAUGGAGUUUUCUUCGGCGUGCGGAUAUGCUUUUGGGUUUGUUUUCAAUGACAUGAUUGACA